AUUUUCAUGGAGGAUCUAGAUCUUCACUGGGAAAUGAGCUGCAAGAAUUAAUACAAGUCCAUCAAUCCACCAUCCUUUUUAAUGAAUUUUGAAUGGUGCGGAUGUUGCUGUUGUCAAGGUUUGAUUUCGAUUCCAUUUUCUAACGCAUCAUAUAUAAGGCGUGGUUAACGACGCUUUGACAUCUUGACGGAUUUGCGUAUGUUAUUGUGGUUCUUUUGAGUGAAUGAGCAAGGAGGUGGAACAUGACGUCAGCACAACGUAAAUAUUUCAGAAAAGCGGACUGCGCGGCCAUGCUACAAAAGCGAAAAAUUAUUCGCAAAAUUGACUUAUAUGUCAAUUUGCUAGUUCAGUAUUAUAAGGAGCUUAUUUUACCUCUCCCAGUAUGUUUACUUUUUGUUGUUCUGUAAUAAAUCACUAACAUCAAUCAUACCACGCACAAUGAUUUUAAAACUGCUACAAGUUUGAGGCCUUACACUAACAAUCCCUCAUUUCGACUAUCACAUUAUCUUAUUCUCACGCUCUUGUUAGUUCUGACUGUCGUCAACUGCUUUAUUUAUUAGAUUCCAUUUCCUUACUGAAUCAUCGAUUCAUUUUACACUUCUUUUCUCUUCAACGAAAUCUCACAUUGCUGCUAACACACUUCCAGCACACAAGGCACCUUCAAGCUGGACAAAAACCUUAAAAAGUUGAAUGUUACAAAACGAGGCUGGGUGAACUAUCUGCUUCUAGAUUUUGGCUUCAAUGUCAUCUUAAUCUAAGACUUUUGUUAAUUAUGACCGUCGUUGAUAGAUUACCGCAGCGAAUGUAAGUGCGUCCAUUGCACUUGCUGGGUCAUCGGCCGACCUUUUCGUUUGUUUUUCUCUCGGUCAGCCUUCAUCAUUUAUGUUACUUUUCAUGCUCUCCUAGCACACAAAUACUCUACUACCUAGACCCAUGAGCUACACAGGAAAACUGUGAAUUCAUAGUAUAACACUAUGGCAUAAACCUGGUUAUUAACUCGCUGCACGAAUAUUUUGCCAUUUAUUUUCACUAAUCGCAUCUAUUUAAUAACACUAUUCGAGUAGUGUUUCAUCUCUAAACUAACUCCGUAAAUUAUUGCGCAUGCCUAUAGAAAUGGCGCGUACCUGCUAUGUUAGAAAAUGUUGCAUUUAUUAUCCUUUCUCCUCCCUGAAUUUACUGUGAUAAUUUAUUUGCCUAUGAGAGGAACCAAAUUGAUUUCGAUCGAGAGUAUUAUGGGUAAAGCUUAGAGUACUUAAGUAAUGAUAAACUGUUAUUCCGAUUAUCCUUCUUUUUUACUGGUCUUUGAUAUAUUUGUUUUAUUCAAUCUAUGAACAUGGUUUCUUCAUAAUUUUCACAUCAAAAGUUUAUUUCCUAUCUGACUCAUAUUUGAUAUUUUAUAUUUUGACUCUGGAAUCUUUAACAUUAGUGUGUACUGAUAGUUUUAACCCAAACGAGAUUUCGUCAUUCAGAACUUGGAAUUUUGGUGCCCUGAUGUUUUCACGAAGGUUGCGAAGUUAUCAGUCAAUCGUGAUUCAAAAAUGCGAUUGUAGGAGUUCUAGAUAUAUCAAUUUCUGGCCCAGUUGCAACAACGGAAUGUAUUCUUUCAUCCUCUUACAUUCCACUGAGGUAUGAUGAAUGCGAUCUUCAUAUGAGAUUCUUGAUUAAACUACUUCAAUGCGAAAAUUGCGAGUGACUAGGAAAUCGAAAGUUUAAUUAUGUCUUUAAACCAAGAAAUAAUGCCUUGAUACUCUCUGUCAUAAGCUCUACGGGGCACAUUUGAAGAUAAUUACGGAUAUUCAUCACAUCUGUGAAACUUUUUGUCAUAUAGUUUAAAAGUAACCUAUUAAACUUUGUUUCAAACGCACACUACAGGUGUCUUCAUAGACCUAAUAAUGUGCUUUGAUUUAACUUCACUGUCAUUUCGCCAUUCAGUAAGCCAUAAUAUUUUUCGAAACUAACCACUUUUGUAUUGGUGAACAAUUCCAGAGUCCGGUGACAACAGACGAAUAGGACUACUUAGUGACCUCUUCUACCUGAGACCAUAGUAAUUACAUGGGAAGACUCUAUAACGCUUGAAGACGACAAAAAAGCAUUUGUAACACGCGCGUUGCAUGAUACUACUAAAUUUUAGCUCCAGUUAUCUGAUUGUUAUAAUAAUGCCAUCUUGUCGACAAUUGCUCUCAUUAUGAUGUGUAGGUGUAUUCUGUGUGCAUACUCAGUUUUCAACGCGCUUUUUCCUCUGUUCUCUCACUUCUAAAUUCUCUCUUAAAACUUGAUCUUUACACUGCUAGCAAACAGCGAACCUUCAAGCUAAGUGAAAUUCUUCUGGUGAGUCUGCAAUGUCAAAUCACUUUUUUUUCAGAAAUCGCCGAUCGCAAUUCUGGGUACGCUAUGGGCUAUUCCGACUGUAGUUAAAUGUUUAUGCUUUGAUCAACGGUAAGCCAUGUUCGAGAUGGUUGACUGUGAGCUAAGGCCUCCACAACAUUCAUUUUCGAUCGCUUCAUGAAAUCUUUUGCCUUCUUUACACCUUUAAGAAUUACAUAACACAAGUUUCAAUGAGUUGCUUAUUACUGUUAUUCAUAAACGGCUUAUUAGUACAUACGUAUGAUAAAAAAGCUAUUUUAGAUUUCCUCAGAAAUACAAUUAUACGAAAGUUUUAACAAUAUUUGCACAGCAUUUGCCAUAGCUAAUCACGUUCCAUAGAGUUUAGAAGAAUAUUGAGUUUACUUUCAAGAAGAAAAGAGGGAAUUAAAUAUGAAAUAUUUGAUUAAUGUAAUGAGCGUCUUUGUGAAAGAGAAUAAUAGUUGUAAACAAUUUUAGCUUAGUCAUAGGGCCAAAACCUCAAAUUCUGGAAAAAGUGUGACUAAGGAAAUGUCACGUAGUAAUAAUUAGAUUGAGUGACUCUCAUCGAUAAAAGGUGUUUAAAUGGUUGAAUAAAUAUUAAUCUGCGUCCGGAAAUCAUCUAAAAUGGAGGAUUGGUGAAGCUAAUCAGGGUGGAGGUCACCCUUUCGUGUCAGUCCCGGAACCCCCCGAGGCGGGACCUAUUUACUUCCAUAGGAAACCGGAGACAUACUUAAAGUUUAUUCGGUAGUUUAGGACGUACGUAGCGUCGAGUGUCACCAGUGACAAGGUUUGUCAUAUCUAAUAGUCCAUUGCAGAAUGAAAGUCACCAUCGAUUGGUGUGCUAAGACGGACUCACCUACUGAGUAUGCCAAAGCCAGAGAAAUUUUACAACGAUUCUCCUGACAAUCUAAAGCAAUAGUUCAAGAAACAUAAGAAGGCUUAUUUAGUAAUGUAAUCACUGAUUACAGUGAUGUUAAACAGUUAUCAAACCUGGCUAUAGCAAUGAAAAAUUACUCCAUGAUUUUGGAACAGGUAGAUUGUGCUGCUGACUUAAACUCCCCAUGGACUUUAGAAUUAAUAGUAAAAUCUUCGUUCGGUCAGUUAAAGUACGGUAAGCAGACUUAUUCUGCAGAGUGACAGAAACCUUUACAGGGCUAAUCUUUGCUGAGCUCAGUCAUUCCAUAGCGCUAGGGGCAGCUUCUGUCAGCUGACAAACCAUACCGGAAAAAAAUACAACAUGGAUAUGCGCUGUCACUUGUAGUUUCAGCGACAGAAUAGUUUAGUCACAAAGAUGGUUUGUAUAUGCUGUGAUAACCAUGGUAUCUAUUUACGCCCACAAUUGAUACUGACAGUGGAAGACCGAUGUUGACGAGCAAAGGUGAAUAGUAUUCGCUUUACCCGUAUUAAGCAAUGAUAUAGAGCAGAUGUUUGCAGUUCAAGAAAACGUAUUAAUAGUGAAGAAAUAUCACCAAGUUCACAAGAAAACAGGUUAGGAGAUUAAUCCGGUACGGCAAAUAUACUAAAUCCUUUUGCAGUCGUGUAUUCUUGGGAGUAUUUUCAACAUGAAUAAGAUUAUGAGACGACGAAGUUUUUUUCUUUGCUCUUUGGAUGGCGGUUCUGGCAUAAUAUUGAUAAAGUAGGAAAGCUUGAAGUUUUUCGGGUCAAAAAAAGACUAAGUAUCGAUAUUAAUCUAGAAGGUGGUCAGUAACCAAAUAGCGUGAGUUAAAAGUGCUCCUCUCAUGGUGUGCUCACGAGAGCUGGCAAAACCCUUCACGAAUAAUCUCAAGUGCCUUUCUCAAUCGACAUACACUUAAAUAGUCGGCACGAGCAUUGGGGUAAGCCAAGGGUUUUUGCGCACAUGUUACAUAUUGUCGUUGACUUUUUGUGUCGUUGUAUAUCAGCUAUUAACAGCCUUUUUUCCAUCACACGUGAUUUUUCGUAAUGUUUGUGCUUGUUAGAUAGUUUUUAUUCAAAUUUAUUAGCAGUUUGACGUAUUUUUUGUUCGAAACCUGAGUGAACAUUCAGUAAGCCUAAUAUGGUUAUUUGUAAGAAUACAAAGUCAUGCAAGUAAAAUUCACCAUUUUCAAGUCAAAAAAUAGAUCACAGAUUGAGUUUUCAGGAGAAUAAUCUUUAAAACCCACUACAUCUGGUUCACCUCCUUGAUUAUGUUGAUGAUGAACAUAAAUGUUGGCAGUUGUUUAUAAAAUAUACGCAGAAUCAAUUAAGCCUUAAACUAUUUAUGAAUAUUAUAUAACUUGCUAAUAUAAGGGCAUAAACAGUUAUAUCCAUUAUAAGUAUCAUCGUUUUGUACUGAAGUGACAUAUUAUUGUGUAACGUAUGUGCGAAUUAUGUGAGUAACAACUGACGUUGAUAGUCUUUUCCAUCCACUUCCUGAACGUAUACAGGAACAGUGUAUAACACCACUGGAAGUGCCACAUUAAAUAGUCACAUAUUCUUCAUAAGUAAGACAACGCGUGUUUCUUUUGAGAAUGGUGACAAAACCAUGUCAUAGUUAAUACUGAUUUAUGAUGUGUAUGUUAUAGGGUUCACGAGUAAGUUUCUGCAAACAGAAUCUGCAAUCACUGACCAAAUUAUGAACAUAGUGAUAAUGCAUAUUUUUGAGUUAUCUAAAUUGUGCUUACCAUUCUUUUGCUAAUACCAAAUGUCUAGGCGAAAUACUAGAAGGGUUAGAAAAUGAAGAGCGCUGUUUUUAUGAAAUAAGAAACUUACAGGUCAUUUGUCACCUGCUAGUGAAGUCAUAAAUAUACUGAAUUCAGAGUUUUAAGGCAAUAUGAGCUGUCAAACCAUUAACAUUUGAUUUACAUCAUAAACGUGGUAUAAACAAAUGUCAUAAGACUGUGAAGCGUUCACAGUUAUAUGAUGGGAAUUUGAAGCUCCAAAUCCUUGAUACGACACAUCCCUAGAAUCAAAUAGCAAGUAUUAAUGAGUUAAUUCUUGAAUUCCUACUCCAUUACAGACUGACUCAUCCAAAGUAAUUCAUGCAGAAUACGUGACGAAAAGUGAACGAGCAAUCGAAGCUUAAUUACAAAUUUAUGUAGCACUCAUAUCUGCUUUGUGACACAUUAUUUAUUAGUCACAUUUUCCUCCUAAGUCGGACGCCGCUUGUAUGUUGUGGUGAUAUUAACUACAGAAAUUUGUAAAUAACACUAAUCUGUGAUGUGUCUGUUCUAAAGAUUAUCAAUGAAUUUCCAUUAACAAAAUACGAAAUCUCUAAUGAAUAUCACUGUUUGCAAAUAAGAGACUUAUAGGUAUAUUCUGUUACAUGCUAUUUGAUUAAUUUAUUGAAUGUGAUACUGAUGACAAAGUUUAAUUGUUUGUCUCAAGACCGAUUUGUUGUUUUUCAUAAUAGAAUGAAGCUUAUGAAAUUUAUGGUUAUGGAAGAUCGUGAGGAAAACCGGUUUACAAGUUUACGACAACUGUUUUAUAUUGCCUACUGCCAUUUUCAUUCAUCUAGUGAAUUGUUUAAAUAUAAAUAUAACAACC